UUAAGUCUGAAUUUUGUUUAGUUUUAGUUUGUUGUUUUCAAUCUUAGCGAUUUCAGUGAAAUUCACAAAAAAUGCAUUCGAUUCGAAUAUUAUUGCUUAUCGCGGCGAUAAUAUUCGAUACAAUCGAUAUUACAAUCGAACAAUCAUUUUCAUCAUUAUCCGAUGGUGAUUGUUUGGAUUUUCAUUCAUAUGAUUAUUUCCGUUAUUCACCUAAUGGUUAUUAUAACCCAAAUACGGGUUUAACUGGCGCGGAAUGUGCUCGAAUUUGUAGUGAAAGUUCCUUGCCACAUGCCGGUCUAAUAAGUCGCCGAUAUUGUCUUUGUGGAUCGGAACAUGAAUCGGAUCAAAUUCGUUUAAUACCAAAAGUAACCAGUGAUCUUUGUGAUCAAAAUGAUAAUUAUAUGCGUUAUUAUCGUGGCGAACCUACCGGUCGAAUUGAAUCAUUAACGAUUCGUUUACGUAAACAAAUUCUUUUGAUCGAAGAAGAUAUCUAUUUUGAUCUGGUAUCCGAAGCAAAUGGCCCAUUAGAAUAUCGCAUUGAUUUUGGUGAUGGCAGUGAUUUGAUUGAUUGGACACCAGCCAAUACAUUGAAACAUUAUUAUCAUCUCUCCGGUACAUAUACGGUUCGUGUUGAAGCUCGUUUGAUUUCCAAACCAGAUAUCCGUAUCAAACAAAUUCGUCAAAUUCGUGUAGAAAGUAAAAUCAGUAAUGAUCAUCUAAAAAUUGAAUGUCCAAGAGUUGUUGAGCCUGAUGAUAAAGUUGAUUGCAAUGUUUUGAUUAAAAUGGGAACUCAAAUGCAAAUGAAAAUCAAUUAUGGUGACGGUGAACAAUCCGACCUGAUUAAUUUACCCGAUAUUCAAAUGAAAUAUAUUGGCGUGAAUAUACCGAAAGAAAAUCAUAGUGACAUUUUCUGGGAUGAUCAAUUACAACAAUCAGAUUUGGUUGUUUUUUCCAUACCACCCGAUACAUUGGGUUUGCAUGGAACUAUUUUAGCUAUCGAAGGUUAUGGUGCAAAAAUUGGUCGUUUUGUGGUUCACAUUUUGCGAAAAAUUUGCCAUGAUGAACAAGAUUGUUUGGGAACGGUUUUAUCUUGCUUUGAACCAAGUGCGCUUUGUUCAUCAUCAAAAAAAUGCAACAGUGAUUGUCAACAUUUCCAUAAAAAAUCACAACAAUAUCAAUUGAUUAAGACAUUCGAUUUGGCUAUUACUGAUGGGCCAUUCUACCUGAAAUCAUUCUCAUCUUUCAAACUGUUAUCAGAUGAUUUGAUUGCAUUUCGUAUGCGUGAUGCACAGCUUGCAUAUCGUCAAUAUAGACCGGAUGAGGAGCCAGAUUUUAAAUUUCAAAUGACCGAUGAUCAAGCUACUGUUUUCGAUUCAACCAAAUUUAAACGUAUCGACGAUCGAAAAUAUCUAAUACGUUUGAUUGUAAGCGAACCAUUGACAUUUACAAUGCCACACGUUUAUAGUCAAAGUGGUAGAUAUCCGAUCAAAUUCGAAUUCAACAAUGAAUUCGAUCAAAAUGAUUUAAUAACUCGAACGAAUUUUGUUAGCGUCCAAAGUAUUAUAUCGAAAAUGCGUUUAACAGUCAAACCACCAAAUACAGCUGUGGCGAAAAAAGUCGAUAUCGUCGUUCAAUUAUCCAAAGGUUCAAAUAUUCAAUUGGAAUGGGAUUUUGGUGAUGGUAAUCAAACCUCUGAACACAUUCCCUUAAUCAAAACAAAUCAAAAAUUCAUUCGUUCAUAUUAUUAUCAUUCACCGGGUAUCUAUCAUAUUCAUAUUAUGGCUGCAAAUCUUCAAGGUAAUACUUCAGCAACACAUGAAAUAAUUGUCGAACAUCCAGUGUUAAAACUAUGGAAAAUCGUAACAAAUUCGCCGGUAUUAUUGCCGGAUUUGGUAAAUUUUACUGUUAUUUAUCCGGAAGAAAAGAAAAUGCCAACAAAUGCAACAUUUUUCAUGAUAUUUGGUGAUGGACAGCGGCAUUUAUGGCGUAUCCCUGAAGAUAAUGAUAAAUGGGAUGGUGAAUAUGAAAUUCGACAUCUGUAUGAAAAAUCUGGCCUUUAUAAUAUCGAUGUUGAUAUAUCGAAUGUUGUUUCAAAGUUGAAAAAACGUUUUCAAGUUGAAGUAAUGCGUCGUAUUGUCGGCCUUCGAAUGAAAGCAUCAAAAAGUCUUCAACAAUCAAGUGACCAUGUUUUUAUGGAUAAUGAUCCAUGGAUAAAAUUAAUAUCAUCAAAUUGCACUAUAAAUUUUAAUAUUACUAUCGAUUCGGGUGAUGUCGAAUAUUAUCUACUCAAAAUGAAUGAUCAAUUUUAUGGAAAAACGACCGAUCCAUUGUUGAAUAUAACAUUUCAAGAACCAGGAAUAUAUAAUCUGACUGUUUAUGGUUAUAAUCAUAUCCAAAAUUUAUCUGAACCAUAUAGCCAAGUUAUGCAAGUAUUUUCACCCGUCAAAGGUUUAGAUGUCAUCGAUAUCAGCAAUGAUACUUUGGAUGUGGAAACAAAAUAUUUCAUUAUUAACAUUGAAAAUGUUGGUACCAAUUCCUGUCUGUUAAUUGAUUAUGGAGAACGAUCAAAAGCAGAAGAUUAUUAUACCUACGGUGAUUACCAUCAUUGUCAACAACAAUUUCCCAAAUAUACAAGUGUUAUACAUAAUGAUACGCUGGAAGAUCAACUCUAUGUUCAACGCAAAUAUACCAAACCAAAAGAUUAUUUUGUUUCAGUAACAUUGGCUAAUCAGAUUUCUCGACAAUAUCGCAAAUUUAAAGUGGUUGUGAUUGAAAUAGAUUGUAAACCGCCCAUCAUAAAGAUCAAAAAUCAAAUUACACAUUGGAAAUCAGCCGGACAAGUAUGGCGUUCAAAACCAAUACAACUUUAUUCAAAAACAUUUAUCGAUUGUAAUGCAACAUUUGAAGCAAAACGUUUUUGGAAUGCAUAUCUGUUGAAUAAUGAAACUGGUCAAACGAUAACGACAAUAGAUUUGUCUGAUUUAGAUUCAUAUGAUAAAAGCUUUCUUUAUGUACCGGCAUUUCAUCUGAUGCCUGGUUAUUAUCGUUUUGAAUUUGGUCUCAAUAUGACAUGUCCAUAUCUGCAUCCAGUAUUACCGAUGACAACAACGUUAUCAACAUAUGUUCAAAUAGUGCCAUCACCAAUUAUGGCAUUAUUAGUACAAGGGGCACAAUCACGUAUCGUACGUGGUUGGGGACAAAUGAUUCAAUUUUCACCACGCAAGUCAUCAAUCGAUCCUGAUGAUAUUGAUAAUAAAAAUUUCGAAAUCAAAUGGUAUUGUCGCCGAUUACCAGAUGAAAUGAUUAAUAAUCUUCUGCCCGAUGAACGACAAAACUUUUCCGAACCAAUAUUCGAUCGUUCAACAUUGGAUGAAGAAUGGGGAGAUGAUGAUGGCGGUGGUUGUUUUGGACAAGGACCCGGUCGUAUUAAUAUGACAUCGGAUGAAGUUACAUGGAACACUACCGUAUUUCGUAAAGCAGAAGAAACAUAUGAAAUUGUCAUACAAAUCAUACCGGAAGAUCGUGAUCCAUCAUGGGGUGCAAUACAGCUGACAAUAUUGAAACCAAAACCACCAUCAGUUAAAGUUGAAUGUCAAACAAAAUCAUUAUGCUAUCCACACUAUCCGAUUGGACAGAAAAUUAAUCCAGUUCGUGUUGGUCUUGAAGGUCGUUGUACCGAAAGUUGUGAAGGUGAUCUAACAUAUCGUUGGAAUGUUUAUGGUUUGGAUAACAAUACCGAAAUACAUCUUGCGCAAGCUGAUAAAUUUGUUGUCGGUGUUGAUGAACCAAAAAUGGCAUUAGGAAUAGCAUUUUUCCAGGAAUAUUAUCCAAGAUUUAAGGAUUUUUUUGUUCGUUUAACAAUCACCAAUGAACGUCAUUUAAAAGGCGAAUCCGAUAUAUUCCUGCAUAUCAAUCAACCGCCUGAAGGUGGUGAAUGUCAAUUGAAAUAUUCAAAAACACGUGCAUUAUUGGAUCGUCUGGUAGCACGGUGUUCAAUGUGGAUUGAUCCUGAAGAUCGCCCCAUUGAAUAUUAUGGAUUUUGGACCCGAAAUGUUAAUGAUGGUGUUGUUAGCUAUCUAAUGUAUGGUCCUGAUAAACGUGUACAAUUAAUAUUGCCAUAUGGGAAUUUUACUGUCGGUGUUGAUAUUCGUGAUAAAGAAGGUGCACUAACCAAAAUUGAAAUGGCCAAUAUUACAACAACAUUGCCCACUAUUGAGGAAUAUGAUAAAUUUAUGAGUUCAAAACAAUUGGAAAAAACUGAUGCAUCCGGUGAUCAAUCUCUGAUGAAUAUGAUGGCACAAGCAUUAUCAUCCCUAAUGAAUAUCAAUUUUGGUCAUCAAACUAAUCCAAAUUCAACAACAACCACAACAACCACUACAACCACCACCACAACAACAGCAUCAUAUGAUUAUAUUGAUGAAAAUGCAAUCGAACGUGAAGCACAAACCAAAACAAUGAUUAUCAAAUCAGUUACAACAAUGAUGAAUGCUGAUACGUUGUUUAGUUUGGAACAAAUUGGUAGUGCAUUGACAGCAUUGGCUGGUAAAGGAAAAUCCAUUGAUAAUGAUGCUAAAGAAAUGAUUAUACAACUAUUAAACAAAACUAUUUCCAUUGCAUCGACGUUACCGGUAGAAUCACCGCAACAAUUAUUGGAUUUUUGUCGAUUUGCUGUCGGUACAAUGGGUGGUAUUGUGAAUCGAAUGUCCGAACAAAUUGUUUCCGGUGUUGUUCUACCAAAUGAUCGAUCAAAAGGAUGGAAUCUUGAUUAUAGUGUUGAAGUGCCGGAUGUUGAUGAUGAACCUGAUUAUAUAAUGGAUUCGAAAACAUCGAUCGAAGAUGCUCUCAAUAAAGCAGUCAUACGUGCUGAACGUCAAGUAGCUGAAUUGCAAAUACGACAAAUGAUUGAACUGACAAUCAAUUUAGUUUUGGCCAUAUUGAAAAAUAUUGUUGUCGGUGAAGAACCAGUACAAUUUGCUGCACCAAGUGGCUUAGUUUUGACAAUAGCUAUGUAUCCGAAAGGAUCGAUAUCGAAUAAAGUUAUUAAACAUGAAGAUUCUACUUAUAUAUUCCCACAUGUAUGCGAUAUACUAGCUGGACAUCCUUGUUUUGGUAAUGAAACACUCGGCAUACUAGCCGUAUCAUGGCCAUCAAUUCUAGAAUCAUAUGGUAAUAGUGUGGAUUUGCUGUCCGAAGAUACAAAAACAUUACAAUUGCUGGUCAUCAAUGAAAAAUUAGAUAUUUUGGAUGUUCAUAAUACCACCGAACCAUUCAGUAUUAUUGUACCAAGAAAAUCGGCACAAGAAUUGGACACUGAAGAAACUGAUCUGGCUUAUGUCGUACCUGAAUUGAAAUUCUAUGAAUCAAUGGUUUAUCAUCAGGUUUUGGUGGAAAAAGCUGAUUCAGCAAUGAAUAUCGAAAUACGACCAACAAAUCCUCAAUCAGAUCUGUUACUCUACGUAAAAUAUCGUGAAAAACCGUUAUUUGAUUAUUGGGACUUGAUAAUACCGAUAAAAAUGGCUAAAAAAUCCAAAGAAGACGGUUCAUAUAAUAUAUUUCUUUCCAAUCAUAUCAUUCAAAAUCGAACUGGAUUUUUUUAUAUUGGUGUCGUUGAAAUUGAUCGUGAACAAGUUCUCCGCUCAAAUGAAUCCUAUAUUUUAGAUGAAAUCUUGGUUAUCGAUGAUCAACAACAACAAAUGGAACGAAAUUAUACAAUCACUAAUUACACAUUACCGGGUGCUCUACGUCAAUACAGUACCAAUUAUUCAAUGAAAAUCUAUACAUCGGGAUGCUAUUUUUUUGAUUAUCAUCGAAAAAUUUGGACAGCAGAAGGUUGUCAAGUUGAAUGGGCAAAUUAUGCCAUGACCCACUGUCGCUGUAAUCAUUUGACAUCAUUUGGUUCGGGUUUUUUCGUAAUGCCAAACUCUAUUGAUUUUUCCUAUGUAUUUGCUAAUGCUGGUUUUUCUGAUAAUGUUACUAUUUAUAUGACCAUUGUUAUCACAUUGAUGAUCUAUGCCAUGUUAUUAUCAUGGGCUCGAAAAAAUGAUCAAGAAGAUUUGAUUAAACUCGGUUCAACACCAUUACCUGAUAAUAAUCCAAUGGCAAAAUAUCUUUAUGAAAUUAUCGUUUAUACUGGCGAUAAAGAUGAAGCUGCCACUGAUUCGAAAAUUCAAUUCAUUCUAUCCGGUGAAGAUGAAGAAACUGGUGUUCGAACAUUAUCCGAUCCAUUCCGUAAAGCAUUUUGUCGUGGUGAAACAAAUUCCUUUGUUUUAGCCACUGAAAAACGUCUGGGACGUUUAAAUUACAUCCGGAUAUGGCAUGAUAAUAGUGGUGAAGGCAAAUUUAAAUCUUGGUUUUUAAGUUUUAUCGUUGUUAAAGAUAUUCAAACGGGGGAAAAAUUUGAGUUUAUCUGUAAUAAAUGGUUGGCCGUUGAAAAGGAUGAUGGUUCUAUUGAUCGACUGUUGCCGGUUGCUAGUCAAGAGGAAGCCACCCAAUUUACACAUUUAUUCCAUCAAACAACACAGAAAAAUCUGGCCGAUGGACAUUUAUGGUUCUCGAUAUUUAUGCGUCCACCACGUAGUCGUUUCACCCGAGUACAACGUGUUUCCUGUUGUAUGGCAUUGCUUUAUCUUUCAAUGUUGGUCAAUGCAAUGUGGUAUCAGCGUGUUCCAUCCAAACCAAGUGGAUCAUCCGUUGAAUUUGGACCAUUUUCGUUGUCACCCGAACAAAUUGGUGUUGGUUUUAUGUCAAAUUUGAUUGUUUUCCCAGUUACAUUCCUCAUAAUUAUCUGCUUUCGUAAAGCACGUUUGCGUCGAUUACGUCCAUCACGUAUAACUGAAGCAUUGAAAAAGCAAAAAGUUUAUAUCGAACAAAUGAAAACAAAAACAUCAUCAAUCGAUAGUAACAAUAAUCAGUUAUCGAAAGAUAAGGUUAAUUUUGAUGAAUUUUCCAAUAGUAACAACAAUCAGCAGCAAAGAAGAAUUAUACGAAAAGAAUCCAAACGAUUUACAUUACCAUUUUAUUUUCGUUAUGUUGGCUGGGCAUUAUGUUUCUUGUCGAUUGCUGUAUCGGUAUUUUUCCUAUGGGCAUAUGGUAUUCAAUUCGGUGAUGAAAAAACCCGUAAAUGGAUAACAUCAUUGAUAAUAUCAUUUUUUGCUUCGGUAUUGGUUACCCAACCAAUUAAAGUAUUUUUAACAGCAUUGAUAUUGGCAACAUUAUUCAAAUCACCUGAUAUUGAUAUUGAUGAUAGUGAAGAAGAUGAAGAUGAUAUUGAUCUAACAAUGUUGGAAACCACCAAUCAAUUACAAAAUCAAUCCGGUCAUGCUGCUGCAGGUUAUCUACGUUCGCAAAUGUAUCGAUCACCGAAUGCAACAAUAUUAUCUAGGAUUAAAGCACAGCGAUUACAAGAGAUAAAAAUCAUAUUCAUAUUGAAAGAUAUAUUCUCUUAUAUAUGUUUUCUUUGGAUAUUAACCGUUAUCGGUUAUGGUAAUCGUGAUCCAUCAGCAUACCUGAUGAAAGAAACAUUAGUCAAAACCAUCAUUGAAGAUUCAUUCAAUAAGAUUAAUUUCCUGCAAAUUCGUCAAUCUGAUGAUAUGUGGAAUUGGAUUGAUAAUACAUUGAUAAAGAAUUUAUUAAUCGGGGAAUGGUAUAAUGGUUAUAAACCACUUGGCCUACGUGGUUUUAUGAAUGAUCGUGUUAAUCGUAUGAUGGGUUAUGGUAUCCUUCGGCAAAUUCGCAUCAAACCAAAUACAUGUCAACCAGAAUUAUAUUUACGUAAAAUGAUUGAUCGUUGUCGUGCAUAUUCCAAUAUUAUACAUGAAGAUCAAAUGAGUUAUCUGCCAGGUUGGCAACGACCAAAGGAAUUAUCCUAUGUGAAUGAAUCAAUACCUCGCAGUCGUUCAGGUUUGCUGAAUCCAUCAAAAAGUCAAAAAGAUGAAUGGAAUUAUCGUACAUCAAAUGAAUUGGAUGGAUUUUCAUUUAUUGGAAAACUGGAUAUUUAUAGCGGCAGUGGCUAUGUAAUACCAUUGAAAGGAUCACGUGAUGAAUUGAAACAACGAAUUCGUCAUUUGCUGGCGCAGAAUUGGGUAGAUGAACGGACUCGGGCAUUGAUUGCAGAAUUUUCCGUCUAUAAUGCACAGGCAAAUCUUUUCGGUAUUGUGACCUGUGUUUGCGAAUUUCAGCCUGGUGGUGGUAUUAUUCCCACUUAUCGUAUCGAUGUUGUUCGCUUGAUGCGUCAUCAUCAAGGUUCUGGAAUGUUUGUGAUAAUGUGCGAAAUAAUAUAUUUGAUUUUCAUCAUAUAUUUUACUGUGCGCGAACUGAAACUAUUCCGACAACAAGGUUCAGCUUAUUUUCAAAGUUAUUGGAAUUGGGCCGAAAUAUUUAUCAUUGUCAUGUCAUAUUUGGCUAUUGGUCUUUACUUUUAUCGUAUCAUUCUCACUAAUCAAAUUCUAUCGGUAUUUCAUGAAAGUCAUGGAAAUGGUUAUGUUAAACUGCAAUAUGUUAGCCUUGUUGAUGAGUUGUUUGGUUAUAUUUUGGCAUUCAUUGUUUUUGUUGCUAUAUUGAAAUUCAUCAAACUGUUACGAUUCAACAAACGUAUGGGAAUCCUGUAUGCAACAUUGGCACAAUGUUCAAAAGAUUUGAAAUCAUUUUCAAUUGUAUUCUGUACCGUAUUCUUUGCAUUCGUGCAAAUGUUUUAUGUUUUAUUCGGUGUUACGAUGAAAGAAUAUUCAUCAUUUAUUAACGCAGCUGAAACAACAUUCGGUAUGGUUACCGGUAAAUUUAAUUUCGAAUCAAUGAUAAUGGCUGCACCAUUGUUAGGACCAAUAGUAUUCUUUAUAUUUGUUCUAUGUACAAGUAUUAUAUUGGUCAAUAUUUUCCUCACCUUGAUCAUCAGUGCAUUUGAAACGGUCAAAAGAGAUGUUAUGAAACAAAAUAAUGAAUACGAAAUUAUCGAUUUCAUGAUGAAAAAAUUCAAAAGUAUGCUCGGUCUGUAUUCAUUUUCAGCAAACUUGUUUGAAGAAAAAAUGGACGAAAAACAACGAAAAAGGAAAUUAAUUGAAGAACAAAUUGAAUCAUUGCCGGCAAAAUUCGAACAACUUCGACAACAAAAGAUCAAAAAUCAAUCCAAAUCAAUAACCGCCGCCGCUGCGAAGAAGCAAAAUGAACCGAUUGUAUUGAAUGUGCGUGGAUUAGACCAUCGAUCAUUACGAUCGAAGAAAAAUCGAUUAUCACAUCAACAAAGCAGUAAUACUAGUAAUGAUUCGAAACGAUCCAAUCAACAAAAAUUCGGUGAAGAAAUCAGUGGAAUACAAAAAGUUUCAUUUUUGGAUUGGAAUGAAGUUCAAGAUUGAACAAAAAUGAAAAUUAAAUUAGUAGAAGUAGUGAGAUUAGCUCAUUA